AUGCCAGUCUCUUCAUCGAAGGCCGCUCGCCUUGCCAAGAAGGCUGAGAAGGGUGACAAGAAAACCGCUGCAUCCAGACUUUCCUCCAAAGCCGCCUCCAGAAAUGCUUCCACAAACGGCUCAAAAGCGUCAUCGGUAGCUGGUGACGAUGACCCUCCUAUGCUCGAUGAAGAUGAAAUCGACGUCCCCGCAACCGGGGCCGAUAAGAUGGAGAAGGUCAAGCAGCUGACCGAGCAGAUGGAUAAACACGGCCUUUCCGAUCGAGUCACAACCGGUGUGCUCGCUUCUCUUGAGGCCAGUCGAGAUGUCAAAAUUACCUCGGCCUCCUUGGUUUUCCAUGGCAAAGUCCUCAUUGCCGACUCAACUAUUGAAGUCAACGCAGGUCGAAGAUAUGGCCUUCUAGGCGAAAAUGGAUGUGGCAAAUCAACACUUCUGAAGGCUAUCGAGAAGCGAGAAUUUCCCUUCCCUGAGCAUGUCGACAUCUAUCUCCUCAACGAGGGUGCCCCACCGACCGAUUUGGGCGCACUCGAAUGGGUUAUCAAAGAGGCAGAAAAGGAAGUCAAGAGAUUGGAUGAUCUUGCGGAAGAGAUCUUGGAGAAAGAGGGCCCUGAAAGCCCACAGUUGAUGGAUAUCUACGAGCGCUCUGAAGCAAUGGAUCCAAGCACAUUCGAAGUUCGAGCUUCUCUCAUUCUGACUGGAUUGGGGUUCAACAAGAAGACCAUCCACAAAAAGACCAAAGACAUGUCCGGUGGUUGGAGGAUGCGUGUGGCUCUCGGCAGGGCUCUCUUUGUCAGGCCAUCCCUGCUACUGCUUGACGACCCCACCGCCCAUCUUGAUCUUGAGGCUUGUGUGUGGCUGGAAGAAUACAUGAAGAAGUGGGAUAAGACGCUGAUCUUGGUUUCACACUCUAUGGACUUCUUGAAUGGUGUCUGCACAAACAUGAUCGAUAUGAGAGAGAAGAAAUUGAUCUACUACGGUGGGAACUACGAUUCUUACGUCAAGACUCGAUCUGAACAAGAGGUCAACCAGCAAAAGGCCUAUGUCAAGCAACAAGACGAAAUCGCACAUAUCAAGAAGUUCAUUGCCUCUGCUGGUACAUAUGCAAACUUGGUCCGACAGGCUAAAUCAAGACAAAAAAUCCUGGAUAAGAUGGAAGCAGACGGUUUUAUUCAACCUGUUGCACAAGAUCGCGUCUUCACCUUCAGAUUCGCCGACGUUGAGAAACUCCCGCCCCCGGUCCUGUCGUUCGAUGAUGUUACUUUCAGCUAUUCUGGAAAAAAGGAGGACAACCUGUACGAACACCUCGAUCUCGGUGUGGACAUGGACAGCAGAACGGCUCUUGUGGGACCGAACGGUGUCGGUAAAUCGACACUAUUGCGUAUCAUGACUGGCAAACUCAGUCCCACUGGUGGAAGUGUCAGCAGACAUACUCACUUGAAACUUGGCCUCUACUCUCAACACUCUGCUGAUCAACUAGACUUGACCAAGUCCGCCCUCGACUUUGUUCGUGACAAAUAUGCCUCGACUUCACAGGAUUAUCAAUACUGGAGACAACAACUCGGCCGAUAUGGUCUUUCUGGCGAAGCCCAAACAGCAUUGAUGGGAACAUUGUCUGAAGGUCAACGAUCUCGAGUCGUUUUUGCUCUUUUGGCCAUUGAGAGUCCUAACAUGUUGCUAUUGGAUGAGCCCACCAACGGCCUUGACAUUCCCACCAUCGACUCACUCGCAGAUGCCAUCAAUGCCUUCUCGGGCGGUGUGGUCGUUGUAUCUCACGAUUUCAGAUUACUCGAUAAAAUUGCCAAAGAUAUCAUGGUAUGCGAAAACAAGACUGUACGACGAUGGGAUGGCUCGAUCGGAGCGUACAAAAAUCAUCUGCGGAAGAAAAUGGUGUCUAUGGGACAAGUCUAG